AUGGAAAACCCAAUAUCAGAGAGCUCACUUGAGCCUUCCAUACGACAGCAAAAGGUGGACAAACCUUUGGUUCGACAGAAUACGGCAGAUUUGGCUUCAAAAUGUCCCCCGAUUGGUCAAUUUUUUGAGGGUACUGUACCCAAUUCUUCCUUGUUAGAUGGUUGUGUAAAUAGUGCGUCGAUUCUCCUUGAGCCUAGCGAAUACUUCUUUGAUGAUGAUUUCGCUGUUCCCUUUGAUGCAAACUUACGGGAUGAAUCAGUACUGCCUCAGAAAGGUCUAAAUGAAGAUAGCGAUGAGGGCAUAUCGUCUUCUGGAACUGUCAAGCGUGGUAUCCUAGCACUUCAUCAUUCACGCUCCGAUUCCUGCUUAUUUACUCAGCCAGAUUCUGGUGAUUGUGUGCAAGAUGGUCUGGAUACUCAAGUGCGGCUACGAUUUGAGUCGUCGAUGGUUCCUCUCGGUAAAUAUUCCCCUCAAAACACUAGUUGUUGCCCGGACAGCACAAGCGCACCCGACGCUGCUCGAUUUGUUGCGCGUAUCCAUCGCACAGCUUCAGCCGACUUUUCAACGGCCUUAUAUGACAUGAGUGCAAUGGACAAGAUGUUUGACAAUUGCACAAUAACUUUUAGUGAACUUCAGCAGCCUCCAAUGUACGCUCCGUCUGUGACGGGAAGUUGGAUGCAAGCAGUGCUAGAGGGUUCUUGUCCUCGGCUGAAGGAACUACUUAGGCGUACAGCUGAGGCAUUGGAUUACAGGCUUGCUUGGGGAGAAAUUCAAAUAGGAUUUGAUGGAACUUUGGUUUCGAAGGAUGUUAACUCAAGGAAGAUUGGUAGAAUACAGCGAUCAACAAGUCAUGGCAAUAUUUUUACGACUGCUAGUCUCGCAGGAAUGAGGCGUGCAUUGGCCAACAUGAAAAUAAUGUCACCAAAGACGUAUCGUUCUGUUGGUACCUCAACGUCGGAACGUGGCUGUGGUGAAUCGUCAAUGCCCGACACGACAACAACAAUAGCCACUACAACCUGGGCUCGAAUUCGAAGCAGUCGGGAAUCACUAAGUGGCAGAAAAGCUGUCUUGUGUGGUAGUGCCACGGUCAUUCCAUCGCCACCAAAGUGUACGAAAUUGAAUGUUCCACAGUCUGUUGUCACGUGGAGAGCCAUCAAAGAAGCUGCCGGAAACACGACUGCUGAGGAAGUUCCUCGCUUGGCAAAAAGGACUGGACUCCUACUCGGGGCUGAUAAUAGCUCUACCAACUUCCCCUUGCAGGCUAAUGCUUUGUUAUCCCUUGAUACGGAGACUAAACACAUAGGUGGCAUGGCUGAGAAAUCCAGUGAAACUUUUCAUAGAACUGGAAUUCCUCCCCCCAAAGUAUCCCAGCCACCAUGUGUUCCGCUCCGCAAAUCUAGUAUUGGUUCCCCGCGGCGUCAGCUCUACGUUAAUCGUUCUGGUGCGGCCUGCUUCGCGUCCCGACUCAAUCCAGAGCUACCCGAUUUUAACCUCUUAACCAUGUCUGCCGAUCCAUCGUCUGAGUGUAUGUCUCGUCUGAGGGAAGCUUCAUACCUUUACCACGUAAAGAAUCCACGCGCUGCAAUAGUUUAUCCAGUUUUGGGCAAGUUGGCUAUUCCGAAACCAUCGCGUAUUGAAAGCAACACUUUUCUUUCUCAAACGCUGCCAGAUCUCUCUCUUCUUGGAAAAGCGGCGGCACAAGAAGCGAAAUCCGGUACACCGAUGACUAGAGUCCCUACCCUGUCGCAUGGGUCGCGUAGGUCUGCAUCCCUAGCUCCUCUGCCAGGCCGAGGAGCUGGUUCGGCGGUGGCAAACGGUAGCGGAAAUUUUAGAAAUGAUCGAGCAAAUGAAAUUGGGUUCAUUCAACAGGGAAUAAAUGAUUUUAAUGCUAAUAGAAUCUCGGAUGUACCGAACGAUGACCGUUUGACUGGAGUCUCUGUGAGGAAAUCGCAACCCCAGGUCGGUGUGAUGGACCGAUCAGCGUCCGAAACAUAUGCAAUCGAUUCUCAGUACAAGCCUUCUCAAGCCUCAGCCGCUUCCCUAACCAAGGUACACAAAGUGCAACCAACAUCCGGCAACCCUCUCUGCUCUUAUCGGCCAGGGUUGCAGUCGGGUCAUUGCAAGAAAAGUGUCAGUUUUAAUGGCACUAUACAUAGAUUACCUGAAGGCGUUACUUCCUGUCGCUUGCCUGACGCAAAUCGCUAUGGGUCUCCUGAUCCCAAGGUAAUUCCUAAAAAUUGGGGUCUGUAUGGCCAAGAUCCUCCUCCGCUUGCGGUGUUCCAACCUUCAAAUGACGAUAUAAACGACGUUUCGAGUACAACUCGCCCCUCGGAUGUGGAUGUACGCUAUCACGCGAUGGUGAUGGACGUGAUAAGGGCAGUACAAGAGACAAUUGCCUACUUCUGCCACUCGGCACUGUCCUUAGCCACCCCAGAUGGCAGUAACAUUACCGGCUCUUCCUCCUCUGGCUCUAUCAACUCCAAACCGCCACAUAGUCAGUGCCAUUGCUAUUCCUCUCUCGCAGCACUAGGUGGCUCAGGUCGAAGCAGUCUGGUCGCUGUGGUGAAUCCUCUCAUGGUCCUCAUCUCAGACGGCCUUCUUCCACCCCAAACACGUGCCAUCUUUGCGAGCAAACCCAAAUCUCGCAUCUGGGCCUUGAUCGAGGAUAGCUGCCGACCUUCCCCGUAUCUUGGCAAAAUUGAGCAUCAUGUUUUGAACGAGGCUCUGAAUCAGGUUAAAUCCAUUGCCGGUGCAAUCAGCGAGAACUUGCGGUUUAGGGCUUUCGUUUGCGCCUGCCUCAACCAACGGGCCCUUCUUUUGUGGCUGAAUUCUCUGGUUAGCAAUGAGGCCCUGCUCAAGCGCUACUAUUGUGAUGGAGCCUUUAUUCGCCAGUGCCGAUCAGCUUUACAAGGUCUCUAUGCUGAUUUGACCACCCACGUGGAACAAUUACUCAAUUACCCCUUUAACUUUGACCUUUCUUCUGAGGUUAAACGGCCAAUUGGGCAUGUGUAUAUUGCUACACCGCUGCAUGCUUCCAAGCCAGAUGCACGAAAGGUGGCGCAUCCUAAGGGAAACCAGACCUUCGGACGAGCAAGUUCUACACCAUUAUGCACCACAAAAAUAAAUCCGAAGUCGGCUCCUAAUGGAGUGCGUCCUUCGUCAAUUGCCAAAACCACGGAUACUAAGAUGGUUCGCCCUCGUGUACAACCCACAUCGCGCCGACUACCUGCCACCUUGGACAACCAGGUUAUUCUUUUUUGUGCAACACAUUUGCUUCAAGGCAAUUUGGAUAAAAAGAACGAACUCAGUAAGCAUUUAUCUGAACCACUUGAUGAAAUUUUGACCGAUGAGGACAGAACACUGCUGAGGAACUUUCUCGCGUCCAAGGAUCUCAAGAAUAUUCUUACACAAAUCAGUCUUCUUUCACGGAUAACUCAAUAUUCUUCAAAAUCAUCCUCGGAUAAGUCCUUCGCAACUCUACAUCCCCUCAUAUCAAAACUUCGGCCACAUCGUCCUGAAGAUCGGAACUGUCUUGUUGCUUUAAAUAAAACAUGGAGCGAGAUCGAAAGCCUGCUGACACGAGCUGCCGAAGGCCGAUAUCCAGAAGCGCAAGAACUGUACGAUAUUCUUUCCAAUGAUUCUAUUAGGGAGCUACUUGUUGCAGUGCAUGAUACCGGGAACUUCAGCUACACCACUCAUAUUGACCAAAAUUCCGUCACCACACCCGUGUACGUCGAGAGGGAUCCGGUCUUUAUGAAGGGAGAAGAUGAGGAGAGCGACUGCAAAGACAGUCUCGACCGUCCCUUUUUCAUGUCUUCCCCGCCGCUAGACGACGAGCCACCCACUGAGUUCUCGCAAACCCUAUCCAGUGCUUCUUUUGCAACUCCGCAUCACCAUCAAUCCUCGAUAUCCGAGUCAUCUUGCAAAUCUGCAAAAAACCACUUUCCCUAUCACAGUCUCGGACGUCGAGUAGGUGGAGCAAAUCUUAAACACCCAGCCUUACCCUCUAAUGUGGAAAGUAGCCUUCCUGAGCCAGGUAUGCUGCGCACCGUCUACAUAAAUCGCAAAUCACCGGAGGAGCCUCUGGGGAUCACGCUGUCCACUUACAGUUCUUCACAAACGCCGACUCGCAGUGCAUCUCUUCUGUCUCUACUGGGAAGGCAGACUCAACGCGAGGCAAAUAAAGACCCACCAAAGAUUAUCAUUAACCGCAUAAUUGUCGGUUCGUUGGCCGAUAAAGAAGGAAAACUGUUUCCUGGUGACGAGUUAAUUGAACUCAACGGAGUAGCCGCUACCUCUUUGGAGACCGUUCAGAAGGUGGUGGCCAGUGCUACACAAAAAAAUGUUCUGCAAAUGAUAGUUAAGACCCCUGGAAUCGGGCAAUUAAAGGCCCAUAUCCUCAGUCACAAUAAUUCAGAAGAAAAGGUCUACAUCCGAUGUCUUUUUAAAUAUGAUCCUCUGAAAGAUACGCUAUUGCCAAGUGCUAAUUUGGGCGUUGCAUUCAAGAGCGGAGACGUUCUUGAGCUGGUGGAUUCACAGGAUCUCAACUGGUGGCAGGUGAGGCGUCUCGAUACUCCAAAUUUGCCAGUUGGACUUGUUCCCUCUCAAACCCUUCAGGAACGCCGCCAAGCAUUUAACCAACAGGCUUCUGGAUCGAACAUAAAUAAGAAAAUUAAAAGGAUUAAAUCAAUAUUUCGAGCUGCGGACUCUUCAAAUCUUUUGGUCCGUUCUGAUUUGUGGGUGUACGAAGAGGUCGUCCCAUGGCCUCCUUCUCCCGUACACACUCUUCUUUUAAUUGGUCCCAAUGGUGUUGGUCGCAGGACAAUAAAGUUCCUCCUGUGCACCCAAUUCCCACAGCGAUUUUCAUUUCCAGUAUCAGACACUACAGACUCAACGGCUACACCCGCCUUGUUCCACAUACGCACAAAAGAGGAUAUGGAAAGUGAUAUUCGACGGGGUGCAUAUGUGGAAUGGGGAACUGUGGAUGGCCAUCACUAUGGCAUUAGAUUUUCUGCAAUAAGGGAAAUAAUUGCCAGUGGAAGGACCGCAUUAGUUGAUUGUCAAUGUCAGUCUGUUCAUCUACUACAUCAGCCGGAAUUCAAUCCACAUGUCGUUUUUGUUUCUGCACCUAAAUUUGAGACGGCGAAAGCCAUGAUGGACGUUGGGAUUCGGGAAAAUCUUACAGUGAACAAAAGAACGGAUGAAGAGGUCCGCAAGGUUGUGGAGGAGUCAAAGAUGUUUGCUAUUCGAAACCAGCACCUUUACACUCAUACGCUGGUCAAUAAUAACAUGGCUGAGAGUGUGGAAAAACUGUUGCAGCUAGUAUUGAGACUGGAAAAGCAACCUGGAUGGAUUCCCGCUAGCUGGGCCUACGAACUGAGUCUUCCUAAUUCUUUCGGAAAGGACGGGAAAUAUAAACAUCGACUUCCGUGUUUGAGCAUACUUUCGGGCCUGGGCAUUUCUGGUCUUUCUGAGGAUAACCGGUCGGUUCUCAGUCGAGUCACAAGUUCAAUCCUUUCGGUGGCCUCUCCAGAGUCUGCAGUUCGGUUAGCCAGGCCGCCAUCUGUGUGUAGCUCACUUCAGCUUCCAGGAAUGGCCUCUAAAAGGAACUGGGGCAGUGCUGCAGGAAGUCGUUGGCGGUACGAAAAGCGCGGAGCGAUGCAGAGCACCGAGCCGCCUCUGUCGUCUCUUUGCUCCUCGGCGGACUCAGAAACUGGCGGCAGCAACUCAGCUCUUCCUGCCUACCUCUCUAAUGGACGCAACUUGAUUUCCAAAGCAGCAGUGCCGGACAUAAGACCAACGUUUUGUGGUUCCGAGUCAUCAAAGCCAUCGGAACCGAUCAACCAGCAAAUUUGUCUUACUAACGCUACAAAAUCGAGUGUGCUCCUUAACUCAAUUCGCAAGGAUGCCAAAGCCACUGAUGGUGGUGAUGAUGAUGAUGACGACGCAAUCAGCAACACUUCUUCAGAGGAUGAAUGA